CCAUGAUAUCCUAAAAAGGAGAUGCACCAGGUAUUUAAGGGAGAGAUAUUCGGACCACAGGGAGAGCGGGUGAAUUGGAACUCACCAGGAGGAAUGCGACGAACCGUUAUCAUGCUCAAUGGGUUAGAGAUAGCGGUCGUAGAAGCUGAGUCGGUGGUCGAUAUCGUUUGGGAUCAACUGCGGGGCCGCGGGUCGCAGAUCAAUUUUAUCUUGGAAAACGACGAACGUGAUAGGGUGAACGCAACCACUCGACUAGGAACGGCUGGAAGAAGGAUUAACCAUGAUACCAUUAUUGAGGAGGUCGUCGGAAGCUUCGAACUCCAGGCAGAACCUGAGGUCGAGGAACCAGAGAAAGUCUAUGGGAAGCCUCGGGAAGAGGAGCCUGCGAACAAAGUUACCGCCGCUAAGAAGAAGUUUAGGUAUCAAAUUCCGAUCUUGACCUUGCCUGAGCUCGACGAUACCUUUAGCAAGUUACUAGGGACCAUGGUGUCAGUGUCUUUUCAGACCAUGCUGCAAGCUCGUCCUAGGUUGCUCAAAGGGCUUAGACAACUGUUGACUCGGCGGCGAGUAGAAAUAGGCGAGAACCUCGAAUUACCAGAAGGGGAGAGGGCGAAGGAAGCUCCACAAGAAGUGGCUAACCUUCAGAGGAGCCACGGGGACUUGGAGGAUCUCGAAAAAGCCUUUGCAAACAUUCCUUUGAGCUUGCCCGACCGAGAGGCCGGCGAAGUCAUGAGAUCACCACCCGGGACAGAGCUUAGCUUUCAUGCACUGCCCGUAGGGAAACUGAAAAUCCAGAUCGGGACUCAUCAUACCGACGCGUUAGUAGACGGGGGAGCAGAAAUCACUCUCAUAAGACGAGAUUUCGCAACGAUCACGGGAUGUACGGUAAACAAGCAAGUAACAGGGAGCAUCCGGGGAGCUGGCGGGGAAAUCCCGUUCGCUGGGUACGUCACGAAGUGUGCUGUAAAAGCAGGAGUCAGGGAAUCGAUCUGGUCGUUUCAGCGGAUGACCGUAAUGGAGGAAAUGGACCACGACAUAAUCCUCGGGAGACCGUGGUGCGCAAACGUGGAGAUGAUAGGCAUGCACUUGUACGAUGGCUCAUACAUGGUAGACAUAAAGGACCCUGUGACCGGUCGGGGAGAGCUCCUCCGACUCCUUGGAACGGGAGGAGACCCCUCGAAGGGGAAAUUGGCAACAUGGUCGCCGUCGUUCGAGGAUAGCACGCGAAAAGGGGUUUUCGCACGGAUGGAGGGUAUGAGAGAAAGGGUAGAAAUCAUGAUUGAGGAAGCAUUUAACAAGAAGGAGUGGAUCAAGAUGGGCCUGCCCCAGAAGAAGAGGAGGCAGGAGGACGAAGUCCUAGGUGUUAUGGCUGUCUCUUAUACACAUCUAGAUGUGUAUAAGAGACAGGAUGGAGGGUAUAUCCUCGAUGCGCGAGACAACUUGAGUGGGUUCGUGGAGGCGGUCGUUCUCAAGAAAAAGACAGGGAGGAGUGUGACGGACUGGAUAGAAGACUUCUACUUGAAACAUCCGUUCGUCAGGAAGUUUAUAGCAGACAAUGAGACGAACUUUGUGAACCAAGAAAUAUUGGGGAUGCUUAAGAGACUCUGCGUACCGAUCAAACUCAUCGAGCCGUAUCACCCUGAGGCCAAUGCACCUGUGGAAAGGGGGCACCGAACCUUGAAGAACACGAUUGCGAAGCUCGCAGCGGACCAUCUGGGGAACUGGCCUAGGUAUCUUAAGCAGGCUGUCUUUGCAGAGAAUAUGACCCCUAAAAGGACAACAGAAUGUAUCCCGACAGAGCUUUCAUACAAAAGAGAGAUCGGUUUUCCUGUGGAAGCCUUGGUACCUACCUGGAAUAGGUUAGAUGAUGAUCCGCAAAUGACCACUGAAGAGUUAAUCGAGGCAAAAUGUCAACAGAACCUUAAGAACGAGGAGGCCAUGGAGUACAUCGCCAACCGGGUACUAGACAACAGAAUGAGGGACAAAGCAAGGACCUAGGAGAAAAACAAGAAAAGACAAAAGAAUGAAAUUCGGCAACGAGA